UUUUGCACUGUUCACAUACAAUGUAUCAGUGUUUAUUUAUUUAUAAAAUUUUUCAACUCGAAAAUGAAUCGAAAUUUAUCAUCUUUGAUGCGAAAUUUUUCGCGUUACAAUUCGACAAUUAAUUCUGAUUUGAAUUUGAAUUUCAUGUCAAAAAAUGUUGCGUCAAAAAUAAUUUUAGAUGCUAAACGUAAAUCGAAUUUAAAGUUCGCAGAACUUGCCAAUAAACUUGAAGUGAAUAAAGUAUGGCUAACAUCGGCCAUUCUUGGACAGCAUCCUAUAAACGAACAAUUAUCUCGACAAUUGGUAAAAAUUCUAAGCAUACAAAGACCAGGUGAUGAAAUGGAAAAACUCAUUCAAAUACUUGGUUCGAUUCCGGAUAAUCGAGGAUUGGUCAAUCAGACGGUAACACGUGAUCCGACCAUUCGAAGACUCAACGAAUUGCUCGACAUUUAUGGCGAUACAUUCAAAACAUUGAUAAAAGAAGAAUUCGGUGAUGGUAUAAUGUCAGCAAUCGAUUGUACCGUUCAUUUUGAAAAGCAAACAAUCGACGACAAAGAGGAUCGAAUCGUUAUAACAAUUAAUGGUAAAUAUUUGCAAUACAAAAAUGAUAAAUGAAUCGAAUAAAUUGAUCAAAGUAUUCA